GUAAAUAUAUAUAUUAUUGUUUUAUAAAUGAUGGUGCUAAAAAUACAGUGUGAGAUCAAAUUCAGUUGAAAUAUGUGUUGAAUAUAUUAUAAAUAUAUACUGAUUUUUGUAGGUAAUAUCCUACCACUAGCGUAUGGUGUGAUAGAUUCUGAGAAUAAUAAGUCGUGGACGUGGUUCUUUGAACUGUUCAAGCAAGCUUAUGGUGUUAGGCAAAAUAUGUGUGUCGUGUCCGACAGACAUGAAAGCAUAAUACACGCAGUUUCUAAGGUGUAUCCUACUGUUCCUCAUUUGGCUUGUAUAUGGCAUUUGUGGAAAAAUGUGACAAAGCAAUACACAACAAACAGUGAGGUGUUGAGUCCUAUAUUUUAUUCACUAGCGAAAGCAUACAGCCAGGAUGAGUUCGAUAAAUUGAUGGAGAAGAUUGGGAAUGUUGAUAUUCGGGUAAAACGAUACCUAGAAGAUGCUGGAAGAGAUAAAUGGUCUAGGCUUUAUUCACCUGUUAAUAGAGGAUGGACAAUGACUUCGAAUAUAGCCGAAUGUAUUAAUGGAAAACUGGUUGCUGCAAGAGAGUUACAUAUUUUUGAUUUCCUUGAAGAAGUGAGGAAGAUGUUUGGUAGAUGGAAUUGGACAAAUAGAAAAAAUGGUACCUACACAUUCACAACACUGAUGAGGCGGUAUCAAGAGAUGUUGUCGAUCAACGAGUACAAAUCAAUACGAAUGAGGGUUGAAGCGUCAACUGAAUAUGUUUACACAGUGAAUGAUGGACCGAGGCGUUUCAUAAUAGAUUUGAAGAAGAAAACUUGCAGCUGCAGGAUGUUCCAACUGGACGAGAUACCGUGUUCUCAUGCAUGGGCAGUAUUGAAGAAUAAAAAUUUGACUGCUGAUGUAUAUUGUUCGGAUUUAUUCAAGCCGGAAACAGUUGUGAACACAUAUGAUGUGCCAGUUGAUCCUCUUCCCGAUGAGACCGAGUGGAAUGUUCCUAAAAGUAUAUUAGAUGAAGUUGUUAUGCCACCGAUCUAUAAGAGACCCCCUGGGAGGCCAAAAAAGAAGAGGGACAAGUCAUUACAGGAGUUGAUGAUUGGUAAACGCAGAAAUUCCUGCGGUAAAUGUGGACGUCUUGGUCAUAAUAGGCGUUCGUGUGAUAAUCCGCCGCUCAAUAAGAAGAAUAAAUAA